AUGGCGUGGAGCAGCGGGGGCCCCAAAGAGGCAGCUGUAGGGGAGGGGCCUUCGGGCCCUUCUCCUGGCCCCACUGUGGCCAAGGGAGGCCCCCAAGCGGGAACUCCUUCUGUGGCACAAGCCGAACAGCCUCUAGGAGCUUUGGAUGCGGUUUACAAGGAGGUUUCAGGCACGCAAUCUCCGCCUGCAGCUGGAGUGAGGAAGGCCCAUGAUGGGGGGGCGUCCCCAGGGGCGUCAGCAGAUUGGCAGGGGGGCCCUAUAUACAAUGCUGCGAUAGGGUACGCCUUGCAGGGGCCUCUGGCGCGGGAGGGUCUGCAGGGGGGGUUGCUGCCUGCGCGUGUGGUAUAUGAGACGCCGCUGCAGUCCCGCAGCCGCGAGAGGACGGGGGGUGGCGGCGGGGAAGGUUUAAUAAAGUGGUGGUUGUUGAUGCUGAUGACGCUGAACACUUUGGCGUCUUGUUGGGGUCUUUGGGAGCUGCGUCAGCGGACAGCGCAAAUCAUUCAUGCUCAGGAGGCGGCUUUGGGGGAGCUCACGGACACGAUCCGGCGUCGCGUGUUACCUGUAUUUGAUCAGAAUCUCUUCCCCGACACUUUGAUACCUUCGCCUGUGGACUCUUUAACGCGUCAAAUCUUCAACGACUGGGGUGGACCCCGAGAUGAAGUUCCCCCUAUGCAGAAUUCGGAUGAGGACGCCUCGCCAACCCGGCACAUUCCGCCGCGACUACCGCUGCUGGCAGGCAACCUGGAACAGAGCAGACAGCGGCGCCCAGCGCCGCUGCCUGACUUCUUGCUGAGCCCCACCGUCCCCAAUGCGCCUACUCUUAACUUUGUUGACAUUCCCCCACAGUCUCCCCUUCCCCCAAAGUGGAGCUCACCCAGCGAUCACCCAUAG